GCCGAGGAAGGGUCGCACUACAGUCGCUGCAUCAUGGCUCCUAUCGGACUAAAGGCGGUGGUCGGUGAAAAGAUUAUGAACGAUGUGAUCAAGAAGAUUAAGAAGAAGGGAGAAUGGAAGGCUCUGAUCGUGGACCAGCUCAGUAUGAGGAUGUUGUCUUCCUGCUGCAAGAUGACGGACAUCAUGACAGAGGGGAUCACCAUUGUGGAGGACAUCAACAAGAGGAGAGAGCCUCUGCCGAGCCUGGAGGCCAUUUACCUGAUCACGCCCACAGAGAAGUCUGUCCACACUCUUAUUGGAGACUUCAAAGAUGCUCACUCAUCCAAAUACAAGGCAGCGCACGUCUUCUUCACCGACUCCUGCCCCGACCCCCUGUUCAACGAGCUGGUGAAGAGCCGCACCUCCAAAGUCAUCAAGACCCUGACUGAGAUCAACAUCGCCUUCCUGCCCUAUGAGUCCCAGGUGUACUCUCUGGACAAUCCUGACGCCUUCCACAGCUUCUACAGCCCUCAUAAGACCCAGCUGAAGAACCCUGUGAUGGAGCGUCUGGCCGAGCAGCUCGCUACUCUGUGUGCUACUCUCAAGGAGUACCCAGCCGUCAGAUACAGAGGAGAGUACAAGGACAAUGCCACACUGGCCCAGCUGGUGCAGGACAAACUGGACGCAUAUAAAGCUGACGACCCCACCAUGGGAGAGGGUCCGGACAAGGCGCGCUCUCAGCUCAUCAUCCUGGACAGAGGCUUUGACCCGGUGUCUCCUGUCCUUCACGAGCUCACCUUCCAGGCCAUGGGCUAUGACCUGCUGCCCAUCGAGAAUGACGUCUACAAGUAUGAGACGAGUGGUAUGGGCGACUCUCGGGAGAAGGAGGUGCUGCUCCAUGAGGACGAUGACCUGUGGGUGAGCCUGCGACACAAGCACAUCGCCGAGGUGUCCCAGGAGGUGACCCGUCAGCUGAAGGAGUUCUCCUCCAGCAAGAGGAUGAACACUGGAGAGAAGACCACCAUGAGAGACCUGUCCCAGAUGCUGAAGAAGAUGCCCCAGUACCAGAAGGAGCUCAGCAAGUACUCCACCCACCUGCAGCUGGCCGAGGACUGCAUGAAGCACUACCAGGGCACAGUGGACAAACUGUGCCGUGUUGAACAGGACCUGGCCAUGGGCACUGACGCUGAGGGGGAGAAGAUCAAAGACCCCAUGAGAGCCAUCGUGCCCAUCCUGCUGGACGCCAACGUCAGCACGUACGACAAGAUCCGCAUCAUCCUGCUCUACAUCUUCCUCAAGAACGGUAUCACAGAGGAGAACCUGAACAAGCUGAUCCAGCAUGCCCAGAUCCCCCCAGAGGACAGUGAGAUCAUCACCAACAUGGCCCACCUCGGAGUGCCCAUCAUCACAGAUUCGACACUGCGCAGAGGGAAGAAGAUGGACAGGAAGGAGCGCGUGAGUGAGCAGACGUACCAGCUGUCCCGCUGGACCCCGGUGGUCAAGGACAUCAUGGAGGAUGCUAUUGACGACAAACUGGACACCAAGCACUACCCCUACAUCUCCACCCGCUCCUCGGCCUCCUUCAGCACCACCGCUGUCAGUGCUCGGUACGGACACUGGCACAAGAACAAGACCCCCGGAGAGUACCGCACCGGCCCGCGCAUCAUGGUCUUCAUCAUCGGGGGUGUGUCCUUCAGCGAGAUGCGCUGCGCCUACGAGGUCACGCAGGCCAACGGCAAGUGGGAGGCCAUCAUCGGUUCCACCCAUUUGCUCACUCCCACCAAAUUCUUAUCGGACCUGCAGCACCCCGACUUCCGAGAGUCCACUAGGGUGUCCUUUGAGGACGCAGACGCCUCGGCCGAGUGAGGCAGAGGCACACACACAAAGAUCCACCCACAUCUUCACCCCCACCAGCCUCCUGGAGCAGCUCAAGGCCAUGAACAAACCAGACGAGGAAGUG